AUGCAAUUGCGGGAGCAGAUGCACACCGACAUCCACCAGAAGCCAGCGGAAAACCUUCUUCGUCACCUCCCUCGCCUCUUCUGUGUGGUGCGAAGCGUCGAGGCGGUGCAGCAGCCAGAGCGACAUGUCCAGGCCGUCAAUAAUGUGCCGCGACGAUACGGCACGGGCGACGUUGAGCGUCAUCCACGGGUCGGCGCCUCGGCAAAGCACGUCAAUGACGUACUCGCUGAGGUCUCCUGCCUCCUCUGGGAUGAUGUUGUACCACGUCGGGCACUCGCGGUUCAGUGUCUGGAAGAGGCGCCACACAACACCCCAGUGAAUCAUUGGCAAACCACUGUGUGGCACUGA